AGCAUGACAAGUCCUCUGGAGAAGGUGGAGGCCCAGAAGAAAGAGGCCAUCAAGGCUGUGAUGGAGAGUUUUGAGUGAGGGGCUGAGGUGUUGGCCAGCGCAGUAUGGGAGCUCUUCCCUCUCUGCGAGGCAGCUGCCCCUGUCCUAAGACUAGCCCUGGACAAAGUAAAGAGCAAAGAGGUCUUCUAUGUCAAAGAGCAGUUCCUGGCCGUGAGGAACAAGCUGGACGUACUGUCCACCGAGCUGGAGGACAUUGACUGUGAGAUUAAGAAGCAUGGAGGAUAA